AUGAUGAGGCAUUCACUCCUCCAUGUGGUGUUAUUACUGUUCAUCUGCGGUACUGUGGCCAGACCUGCAUACGCCUGUAAUUACGAUGAAAUCAAAGAGAAGAGCGGUCCUCCUGUCGUUGUGGUGAGAGAAUUACCGAAGAAAGGAGAGGGCACUUGGCAGGCGUAUACAGUGUCGACAUCUGAAGAUAGUAAUGGUAAUAAGGGUUGGGAAGCACUCCGCAUUCGUGUGUCAAUCGAAGAUUUGAAAAAAGAAAACUACUGUGCAAGCACUGGUGAGACUCGCAAAGAUUUUUUGGAUGGCCAAAAUGCUCCGUGUACUCCUAAUGAUUUUAUGAUGCCCGGAAAAGAAAAAGCGAUCAAAGAUGAUAUUCUGCCCGCGGCUAUCAAAUUACACACUGAUCGUCUCCAAGUUCAGCGGAUGAAAACACCUUUGCAAGUACCAAAGUUCAACGAACUCUCCGUUUGUUCUCACUUCACAAUUCCCAGUGGACACUACGCACCUAAUGGUGUAGAAAACGCUGAUUUUGUGUUGUAUGUGGCUGCUGGUCCAAGUAAAAAUACUAACCACUCAUCUUGGGCUGUAACAUGUGCUAUUGAUGAUCAAAGUAAACGUCCAAUUGUUGGUGCCAUGAAUAUUCAUCCAAUGCAUGCAGAUUUUACACGAGUUAAUGUUCGUUUGGCUGCACAUGAACUCGCACAUGCUCUUGGUUUUGACUACGAAAGGAUGAAGGAGCGUGGAAUGACAAGGUAUAGUAGCAGUUACCAUGACAACCGUGCGGUUAUUAUAUCUGCAAAGGUACUGGAAAAAGCAAGGGAUCAUUACUCCUGUCUUAGUAUCGAAGAAGUUGAAUUGGAACAUACAGCUGAAGGGAAUAUAACGUCCCACUGGAAUCGGAGUAACAUGAAGGAUGAGUUGAUGAGUAUGGUUUCAAAAGUUGGACAUAUUGAGGGCAUUGGUUACUACACUGCACUAACAAUUGCAGCAUUUCAUGAUAUGAAAUUUUACAGGGGAAAUUUCAACAUGUCAGAAAAAAUGAGUUGGGGAUACUUGGGAGGUUGCAACUUUGGCAGCCUUACUCCUGAGGGCACGAAAACAGUUUUGGCUCCUGAUGGUUACUGCAUUGAGGCCCGGGAAAAAUCCUGUUCAUCUGAUCGCUUGGGUGUAAUCAAUAGUGUUGCAUCCAAGGCAGGGGAAUCCAUCUGUUCUAUUCUCGUGCCAGAUGAGAGAUUUUUCUGUACCUCAGAAGGAGAUAUACCUGGUAGAGAUAUGGGACUUUUCAGAAAUGAUUCUUGGUGUUUGGAUGUUGAUUAUUUUAACCUUACAAUCGAGGAAGAAAAAAGGAUGAAACAUGGUAUGUGCGCAGCAGUGGAGUGCACUGAUAAUCGUGUUGUUAAUAUAAAGCUGACAGUGGACGGAGCUUGGCACAGGUGCCGGGAAGAUGGAUUUGUUACACUAAAUAAGACAGACUUCCCCAUGUACGUGAAUGGAAGUAUAAGGUGUCCCAGAUACGAUGAAGUGUGCACAAUGAGGUCCGAUGGGAGCAGUCGUCUCACGUCGCAAGUACAGGAAAAUACCCAACUGAUAAUAGAACCUAAAUGGGUAAGCAGCACACCAGCUGAUCCCAAUAUAGACGUCCCUCCGCAUUCAUCAGUUCAGAGGGGCCAAAGUCCCCAAACAUCAACUGUAAAUAAUGCUCAGCAAACCACAAGCACUACCACUUCUGCAGAUGCAAACAGACAAAGAAGUUCCACAACAUCAACUGCUAUAGUAAAUAAUAAUGGUAAACCCACAAGGAGCAGUACCGAAUCUACAACAACCCAGGGAUCCGUUAAACAGGAAGAUACUAACAAGAACAGUAAAAAGGCAUCUAAUCGUCGUAAAGAUAACAGCCAGGCUACAAAGGUUUACUCACCACUUGUACUACUUGUUCUCCUUGUUUCGGCUCUGCUGAUAUCUUUUUGA